AGCGAUAAGGCGGCCGGCGACUGUUUUUUCAUAGUGAAUAUUUUGUGAUCUUUGCAUUUAAAUUGCAAUACUUUGUUCUUUGCAUUUACUUUGCAGUGUGCUUUGCAAUCAAAUAGCAAGUUAUAGACAUUAUAAAGUGAUUGGACAUGACAUGAAACAUUUGAAUGCAACUAAAUAAUAUUAUAAGAUUGAACCUUUUCGUCGUUUAUCUACGUGAAAUUAAGUGAAACAAAAUGUCAACUACGGAACAAUUAUUAAGUUUGUUACAAGAUACAGCAAAUAUAUUACAAAAAACGCAAACAAAUCUCAAGAAAUGUUCUAAAGCACGACUUACAAGGGGUUAUCUCGAGUCGCGAUUAAAAAAUAUAGAACAUUACUGGAGUAUAUUUCAAGGUGCGCAUCACGACCUUCUUAAGUGUACACCGACGGAAAGGCGAAUGGACAUACCUUAUUUGGUUAAUGAAGAUUACUACAUUCAUGAAGAUUUGUAUUUUUGCUUGAGUGGCGAUAUAAAAGACAUACUAUCAUCGUUUUCGAGUGGUAAAUGCAAUCAUACUGCCACUGACAGUUCCAUAACAGGAGAUAAAGUGAAGUUACCUCGCGUACAGCCACCAGUUUUCAGUGGUAGUUAUGAAGAUUGGCCAACUUUUCAAGACAUAUUUGAGUCACUUAUACACAAUAACAGCUCGUUAACCAACGUUGUGAAGUUGCAUUUUUUGAAAAAUAGUGUCAGUGGCGAAGCACAAGCUUUACUUAAGCACAUACAAGUAACAGACGCUAAUUACGAAGAAGCUUGGAAGACUUUAAAGAAUCGUUACGGAAACAAAAGAAUAAUUGUUAACGCUAUCAUGAAAAGAUUAUUCUCGCAGAAAAAAUUAUACUCGCAAACUGCUAACCAAAUCAAAUCACUUUUAGACACAACUACGGAGUGUUUGAACAGUCUAAGCAACCUUAAGGUAUCCGUUGAAUCCUGGGAUCCCAUGAUAGUGCAUUUGAUUGUGUCGAAACUUGAUACAGAGACUCAUAAGGACUGGGAAGAAUAUUCCUUUAAGAGUACACCGGAUGACUUACCGAAGUGGUCAGAAUUGAGGACUUUUCUUGAAACCAAAUUCCGUACUCUGGAAUUUAUACACCACACUACUUCGACAGCUCCCUCAAGUUCUCGACCGGCUACGCAGAAAACCUUCCAUUUAACUUCGCCAGCUCCUUCUAAUGUCCAAAGUAGCUUAAAUACAACAUCACCAGCGACUUCAAUUAGAACAUGCAUCAAGUGUAACGACAAUCACACGCUGAGUCACUGUAAGGAUUUUGCAGGUAUGGACGUAGCUGAAAGAAAUGACUACGUGAAAACAAACAAUUUAUGCUAUAACUGUCUGCUCAGCGGCCACUCCGUAUUCAAGUGCCGUUUACCAACAUCCUGUCAAAUCUGUCAUAAACGUCAUCAUUCCCUACUACAUCACACAAAGAACGAGGAUAUAAAGGCACAUCUUAAUCAGAUGGAAGAAAAUAAUGAUGAUGAUAGUGAUGAUGUACCAAAAGAAGAUAGAGAAAAUGAUAUUACCAUAGCAACGCACUUCAUUACUAAAAAGACAGAUGCUUUAUUAGCUACAGCGCUUGUCCUGGUGAAAGGUGACAAGGGGCAAGUGCUCACACUACGGGCUUUAAUUGAUCAAGGUUCAGAAGCGAACUUCAUCACGGAGAGAGCCGUGCAGAUGAUGAAACUACACAAGACACCUGUCAGGGGUUCAGCCACAGGACUGCAAUCAAUGAAGACCUCAGUUAACAGUAUGGUACAGUGUGAGCUUCAGUCAAGAUUUGACACUAAUUUCAACCUAAACAUCAAUGCAUUUGUCUUAUCUACUCGAGUAACCACUGAGCUCCCAUCAAAAGCACUCACCAACACUCACCACGCUUGGCAGCACCUUAACGGACUCGAUCUGGCAGACCCGAACUACCAUCAACCAGGUCGAGUAGACAUGCUUCUAGGCGUUAAGGUCUAUGCACAAAUUUUACUGAAUGGCUUAAUCAAAGGUCCUCCAGGCUCACCGUGUACACAAAAUACAAGCCUCGGAUGGAUUGUGUUCGGAGACGCUGAAGGCAAUUCUUCAAAAAAUAUUGUUGUCAUGCAUCACAAAUUCGACUUAGACCUUCUGGUAAAAAACAUGUGGGAACUGGAUUCAGCAGAAAAACCAGAACUUACAGCGGAUGAGAAGCUUUGUGAAUCGAUUUAUGCAAAUACAACUACCAGAACAAAAGAAGGAAGAUAUGUAGUGAAACUCCCUACAAGAACAGAUAAAUUAAAGUCAACAGAAGGUCAAACAAGGGACAUAGCACUAAGAAGAUUCAAACAAUUAGAACGAAAAUUUGAGAAGGACAAAGAAUUCAAAAGGGAAUACACCAAGGUCAUAGAAGAAUAUUCAACAUUGAAGCACAUGGAAGAAGUUCCAGACACGGAAAUAGAAACCCCAUCAGUGUAUCUCCCACAUCAUGCUGUGAUUAGGAACGACAAAAACACGAAAGUGAGAGCUGUGUUUGAUGCUUCAUCUAAAGGCACAAACAAUAUUUCACUCAAUGAAGAGCUACUGGUGGGUCCACAGCUUCAAGAAGAUUUAAGAAACAUAAUCAUGAGAUGGCGUAUGAAGAAAAUCUGCUUCGUUGCAGACAUACAGAAAAUGUAUCGUCAAAUUUUAGUUACCAAACAAGAUGCAGAUCUACAGCGUAUACUUUGGCGCAAAAGUGCAGCAGACCCUAUCAAAGAAUACCGCCUGCUUCGUGUCACGUUUGGUACAGCAUCUGCACCCUACUUAGCUGUGAAAACGUUACAAAGGGUCGCUGAAGACGAAGGAAAACAUCAUCCAGUAGCUGCAAAAACGAUUAAAGAAGAUUUCUACAUGGAUGACCUCAUGUCUGGUCAAGAUAACGUAGAAGACGCUGUAGAUGUGGCGAAAAAUGUAGCAAAAACUCUAAAAAACGGAGGAUUUGAUCUGCAGAAAUGGUCGUCUAAUAGCACCAACUUUUUAAAGCAAUUCCCACCGGAUGAGAGAAACAGUAAUGUAAACAUGGAUAUCAACCUGGAUGGAACUGUACGUGCACUGGGUAUCACUUGGAACAUGGGUGAAGACAGUUUUCAGUACAAACUUGAACUACCCCAGCAGCCAAGCACUAUUACAAAGAGAAAUAUACUAGCAGAAACGCAAAAACUGUUCGAUCCUUUGGGAUGGUUGGCACCAAGCAUAAUCAAGCCAAGAUGCUUAUCCAGAAACUUUGGUUGCAUCGAUCAAGUUGGGAUGAUGAAGUAGAACUUGAAAUAAAAGAAGAAUGGUUAAACAUAAGACACAAUUUUGAAAACUUAAAGAACGUUCAUAUACCAAGAUGGCUGCACACCACUAAACUAAGACUAGAUAAAACUACGAUACACGGAUUUUCUGAUGCAUCUA